AUGUCGGAUCUUCCUCUCCCUAAGGUUGAGUCCCUGGCGGACUGCGCCUCUUUCCACUUAACUGUGCUCCCCUACCUGACGCAGCUGCAAUGGCUCCCCGCCAGCUUGCGCGAGGCGGGCCGGGAUCUGGAGAGCUUGAAGGCUAUCUACCUCGCCACCAACCCCUUGGUUUCUGCGCUUGCAUUAGGCACAGUCCUUGCUCACGUUUUCUUCAUCGCGGCCGAGAUCAACCGCAACUACUCGCAGGUGGAUCGCUUUUGGAGUAUCCUGCCCGCUGUGUAUAAUGUCCACUUUGCCAUUUGGGCGCGUCUGUCCGGCAUUCGUACCGAGACUUUGGAUACUAUCGCUGUUAUCAGCGUCUUGUGGAGUGCUCGUUUGACCUACAACUAUUGGCGCAAAGGUGGCUACACGAUUGGCUCGGAGGAUUACCGCUGGCAGAUUGUGCGCUCGCAGGUUAACAACACCUUCCUCUUCACCAUUUUCAACUUCGGAUUCAUCGCCUUGGCCCAGUCUUUGCUUCUCCUGCUCAUCACCACCCCAACUUACGUCUUUAUCGUCGCGGCCAACAGCCAAGCAGGUGAGGCCUUCGGUCUUGCCGACCUCGCCUUCUCUCGCGCCGCCAUCUUCUUCAUUGCCAUAUCCUUCUUCGCCGACCAACAGCAGUGGAACUUCCAGACUGCCAAGCACGAAUACCUCACCAAUGCGCGCAUCCCGGAGCCCUUCAAGGACCAGUACACCCCUGAGGACUUGGAGCGUGGUUUCGUUGUCAGCGGACUCUGGUCGUGGUCGCGCCACCCCAACUUUGUCGCCGAGCAGGCUGUCUGGUUGACCAUGUACCUUUGGUGCGCUGUCCGCACCGGUAACUACUUCCAGUGGACUGGACUUGGUGUCCUUGGCUACCUUGCUAUCUUCCAGGGCAGCACACGUCUGACCGAGAAGAUUAGUGCGGGCAAGUACCCUGAGUACAGCGAGUACCAGGCUCGCGUUGGCCGAUUCUUCCCUCGCCUGUCUGUGGAGGCCAAGAAGACCGGGUCCAAGGGUAAGAAGGCUGCUCCGGUUGUAGCUGAGCAGGACACCGAGGACAAGAAGAUCCAAUAA